UCGACGAGGCGCAGAGGAAGGAGCGAAGCGGCUGCAGACAGUCAGCCAGCCCGCAGUCCCAGCCUCAUGCUUCGUCCUACACACGUCUGCUCGCCACGGAGUCGUGCUAAUAUCCAUCAACCUCUUACUUUAGUCGAGAGGCAGACGAGCGAGGGGGGGAAGACGGCGGGCGAGUCAUGGAGCUGUACUGCCUGGAGUCGGACGCAACCGUGGAAGCCCAGCCCGACCCGAACAUCCUCAACGACGACAGAGUGCUGCAAAGUUUACUAACUAUCGAGGACAGGUUUUUACCUCCGUGCUCCUACUUCCAGCGGGUCCAGAAGGACAUUCUGCCCUAUAUGAGGCGCAUGGUUGCAGGUUGGAUGCACGAGGUGUGUGAGGAGGAGAAGAGCAAUGAAGACGUCUUCCCUUUAGCCAUUAACUAUUUGGACAGAUUCUUAGCAGUGAUGCCCACGAGGAAGAGUUAUUUGCAGCUGCUGGGCGCUGUGUGCAUGUUCCUGGCCUCCAAGUUAAAGGACUGCCGGCCGCUCUCAGCAGAAAAGCUUUGCAUGUACACAGACAACUCCAUUACACCAUGGGAACUGCUGGACUGGGAACUGGUGGUGCUGGGGAAGUUGAAGUGGAACAUGGCCUCUGUUAUCCCCAAUGAUUUUAUAGAGCACCUCAUGCGUAGGUUGCCCCUUCCCGAAGACAAGCUGGUGAUGGUGCGCAAGCACACGCUGACGUUCAUCGCCCUGUGUGCCACAGAUGACCGCCUUGCCAUGAACCCUCCUUCCAUGAUUGCCACAGGCAGCAUGGGAGCUGCUGUAUGUGGCCUGCAGCUGGACCACACUGACCAGAGGCUGGGUCGAGACAACCUGACAGACCUGCUGGCCAAGAUCACCAACACAGAGGUGGACUGUUUGAGAGCUUGCCAAGAGCAAAUAGAGCGUGUGCUGGCCAGCAGCCUGCAGCAGGGCCAACAGUACCAGCAAGAGAGCGGCGUCAGAGCGGGCAGCAAGACAAGGGAGCAACAAGACCAGUCCAGCACCCCGACAGACGUACGCGACGUCAACUUGUGAGCGCCCGUCGCCACCUGACUCGCAUACCGCUCAUGCCUGCACACCCAUGAACUAACGGGACCGAGCGAGGCCGGGCAUGAGUUUGCAUGAGUGAUGGUAUGACAAUCCAUGAACUUUUAGUAGCUAAGAAAUUUCUAGUUUUUCUUCCUUUUGCCCCUUUUACACGCACCUAGGUGUACUUUAAGUGUUUGCAUGUGCCAAACAUAAUCAAUCGAGCUAUUUAAAGAGCAAAGUCAUCAAAUUCUUGAAACUUGAGAGUGCCUUAGGUUUCCCAGAACGGAGACCUGGAUAUAUUUUCAUACUUGAAAAAACAGCAUAAUUAUAUUAAAUAUAUGUAUUUCUUUUGAUACAACCUAGUUACAUAAAUAUGAUGUAUGUUUAGCAGCAUUUAUUUAGCCUUAUCCUCUUUAGCAAACAGUUAUCAUUCACAUUUUUGCUGUGGUUUUUCCUCUUUGGAAAAUGUGCAUUUAAGUGAUUAAAAAGCCAAUAGUGCAGUACUUGGCCUUAAAGCUAAGCUGAUAAGCAGCCGGAGGUGUGCUACUGUAGCUAGCUGCUCUCUAUCAAACUAUGUGCGCCUAUAUCAUUGCUUACUACUUAUGCCACAUAGGUGGUGGCCGGGAGUGGGCUGGGCCCACUUACACAGGAAGGACAUAAGGGCGUUUUACGGUCUGGAGCAGUGGCUAUUGUCUGAAACGUGGGUAGCCACAGAUCAGUUCAAUAUGAUGACAUUCAGCAAGACAGAGGUUAUUAUUAUUACUAUUGUUCUGUUCUUGGAGUAGCUCCUACUGUAUAUGUUAGACAGCAGUUAUGAUUUUAGUUGUUAGUUCAGGGCCUCGGCCGUGUAGUACUGAUUCCAUGUUACUAGUAAUAAAAGGAUUUCUAGCAUGUUUUUACAGGUUUGAGAGGAAGCGAGUGAGGAUUGGAGGGCUACUUGUGAGGCUUUUAGAAAAGACAAGCAUGUGGAUGUUUGAAAGGAAGAUGCAAGGGUGUGGUAUGAUGAGUGACGGCCAAAUAGUAAGGAAGGUUAAUUUAAGCUAUAUGAUGUUUCUGCAGGAUGAAAAAUUCUUGGCGAUGUCCAAGUAAUCGUUUUGGGGGUGCUGCAGUUCCUCUUAUCAAUUUUAUCAAUUAACUAUUUGAGACAGGACGACUUGUAACAUUAUUGAUGCACUUUUAUAGAACGCACUCCUUAAAAUUGGUAAGGGGAUGGUGGUGAGGAAGAGAUAAGCGGGUUGUGGGUCAAUUUUUGUUUUUCUUUUAAGUUAUUUGCAUUUUUUUUCUGGGCUGGAUUCCCAUGGGGUAAUGCACGUUGUAUUAAAAGCUGCGUCCUGACAGGUGAGUAGACAUAGGAUAAUUAGUCUUCUGUAUAAUAGUAUAUAAACAAAGGAAAGUUAAGUCACAUAUAGACUUUGAAUUUCUUUUCAUUCAUAGUGUUAUUUACUUGAAAUUGCCGAUAAUAACCAAAGGUUUCCAGUAGUUGUUUCAAAGAGGUACACACACACCGUGUCCUACAUGUUCUUCUUGUUGUGUUGUUACGUUAAUGUAAAUUCUUCUCUGACUUGUUUUAAAACUGCCAUUUUGUGUUUUCUAUUUCCUUUUUAAAAAAAACAUGUAGGGUUGAUGUAGUGUUACAAUUUCACUGUAUUUUCCCAUGAAAAAGCUGCAAAUCUUCAUUUUACAGAGUGAAUAGUUUCUAAAUUCAAAUUUUGGAUGUUUUGUUGUGUAAAAGCCAAACGCCAAAGCAUCUUUCCAAAACAAUCCUCUAAAAGACCAAAUGUCUGCUUUUAAAGGUUUUAUAUAUUGUUUGUAAAUUCAUUCCAAAGUAAGAGUAUACACACUUUUCUUGCUGCUAAGAAGCUUUUCUUUUCUAGUCUUACACAAUGUUGCCUUAUUGUGAUUCACCUGUUUGCUGCUAUAUAAUGAAAUUUUGUAUAUGAAAAAUGUUGUUUGCUUUUUUGUUGUAUGUGUACUAGAGGGAACGUAACUGUUUGGUGCGGGACUGGAAGUACUCGAUUGGCAAUCGUAUUGAUAGGCAUGUUUUAUUCUUUUUAUGGUUUUGUUUGUUUCUGUAUUCCAACAUAUUCUUGCUGCUUCUUUGUAAUGUUUGUACCUCAGGUUAAUUUGGACAGAUCGAGCAAGAGCCCAUCUCAUAAUUACCUCAUAACACACCACACUCAUUCUUUUACUCUUGACGGGUCUCUUUCUUCUGUCUGGAUGAGAAGAAAUGUGGUGCUUCUUCUCUUUAAGUCCUAAAGUAUCCACCAUAUGCCAUUGAGGACAUUCAAGUGCCUAUGAUGGAAUGGGUCAGUUCAAAUAUCUGGUGCUCAGUCACAUUAUCCCUAUACAGUCAUACAUGUACUGGAAAGUCUUGCAGUGGUAUAUAAACCAGUUCAUUGAAAAUAAAGUGGAGUAUUGUUCAUUCUUGAGGUACCUGUUAGAAUCACGAGAGUUCCUAAUUUGUGUUCAGUAUGAUUGUUGUUCCAAACACACCCACACUCUCUCACCAUUUACCACCAGGCAGUGUACCUCAACAACUUCUCCCCAAUAAAUUGGCUAAUCUCAAAUAA